GUAUAUUUACAUGUCACCCUUAGAUACAGAGAUAGUGGGAUGUGCCGCUUGUUGACAUGGUGGAAACACGAAGGUGACACUUGCAAACAAUUCUGCGAGCCCUAAUACACAGACAGUUAAGGGCAGAGCGGAUCCAUUCCUUAGAUGACUAAAUAUCAAUGAAAGAUCCUCUGGCGACUACGCUCUCUAAUUUGGUCUUCAUGGAGGUUCUCUACAUCAACGACACAAAUGCCGAGAUGACGGUGUAUGAGCAUUGCAAAGACAUGCCUGCUGUACUCAUUUGGUACCUGGGCAUGAAGUUCAUUAACAUGUUCCUGGGCAUUCCAGCCAACAUCAUGGUGCUGUGGCUCAUCCACAAGAACAAAAGUGACUCCUCCACCUCAAAUAUCUUCAUCUUCCAUCUGGCGAUUUUAGAUGUCCUCCUCUGUCUCAUCCCUCCCCUCGAGCUGGCCAACAUUUUCUUCCUCACCACCAGCAGCACCUGGUAUGUCAUGCGCUUCUUCUAUGGCAUGAUAGAAUUUACACCACUCUUCCUUUCCUGCAUCUGCCUGGAUCGCUACAUGGCUGUGGUCCACCCCAUCACCUUCACCAAGCUCAAGGACCGCCAGCACAGAGUGGUCCUUUCCAUUGUGGUGUGGCUGAUCAUUCUGGCCUACGCCUCUGUGGUAUGUGUGGGCAAUAUCAUCUACUUAGAGGUCUUCACGGGGAUGAUCCUUGCAGAAUUUGCCUUCAUGGUGUUCUGCAACAUCUCCAUUCUCCUGGUGCUCCAGCAGUCGGGGCCCGGCAGAGAUGAGAUGCACCCUAUGAAGAAGAGGGCCUUCAAGAUGGUCCUCAUCAUCUUGGCCAUCAUUGUGUUCAACUACUUCCCAGCUGUUGCACUGUUCCCCUUCCAGCACUACUUCUCUCCCAAAGUGUUUCGUUGCUACAUUCACUACAUUCCCUUUGGCUUUAUGAGCUUCAGCAGUAGCAUUCAGCCCUUGCUCUAUCAUUGCAAGGAAAAGCUGCCAUGGAGCUGCUGCCAGACCAGCACAACCCAAACCCAAUAGACACAUAAAUGUUUGCCAUUUUUUUGUGUUCUGGAAGUUGUAAAUUGAAUGUAUUUUUUGUGUAAUGUAGGAGAAUAAGUUAUGUUGUUGCUUGAUCAGAUGUUGCUAAUAGAUGAAAAAGAUGUAUUAUGAAGUGGCUCAUACAUGUUGUACCAGUCAAAUGUUUGGGUGUUUCCAAACUUUUGACUGGUACUGUAUCUAGCAUCUUGGGUGACCUCCUCAGUCUUGUAGCUGUGUCUUUGACAGUGGCAAUAUUCUGG